CCGUUAUGGACAAUUCGGAUUCCGGGGCGGGGACUUGAAAUCGGGGCGAGUUAUUUGAGUGCUGUGCCACCGCCAGUGAACUGCAUUUGGAUGGUUCCUUCCACCUCAGUACUCUGAUUAAGUUUAAAAUGUUCGCUUUGCCGGGGUCAGCUAUGGACGUUUUGGAGAAUAUGGAAGGAGACAGCGUGCUGAACUUGUCCAGAAUGAAUCUGGAUACGGUGUCUUUGGAAGACAUCAGCGAAGAAAGGAAAAACGAGACUCAACAGUUAUUGUUGACACACAAUAGAUUGAUUGUUUUCCCUGAAAGUAUCGCCAAUUUUAGGAACCUGCUCUUCCUGGACAUCAGCUCCAAUGGUCUCUCCGUCAUCUGCGACGAUAUCCUGGAACUGACCAAACUUCGGACUUUGAUAGCCAAAAAUAACAGAAUGGACGAGUUCUCCCUGCCCAAGGACUUGGGAAAGAUGGGUUUGGAAGUUGUCAAUUUCAGUGGCAAUCGUUUUGAAGAAGUUCCUUCUCAGCUUCUAGAAUUGCAAAGACUCAAAUCUCUUUCACUUGGGGGAAACAGACUUAAAACUAUACCACCAAACAUAGAAAACUUAACCAGCUUAGAGCUCUUGUAUCUAGGUGGGAAUGGAAUCAUAUCGAUCCCUCCAGAACUAGCUAACCUGCCAUACCUUAGCUAUCUGGGGCUGUGUGACAAUCGAAUCCAGGGCCUUCCACCACAGCUUGCACAGUUGAACUCACUACGGUCACUGAGUCUUCACAAUAACCUACUUACAUAUCUUCCUCGAGAGAUUCUCAACCUGGUCCAUCUACAGGAACUCAGUCUACGUGGCAACCCACUUGUCGUGCGAUUUGUAAAAGACCUCCUCUAUAAUCCACCAUCUUUACUUGAGCUAGCUGGCCGCAUUGUGAAAUCCCGUAAUUUAAGCUAUUCACUGAAAGACAUGCCUGGGAACUUGGUCUCCUACUUGGAUUCAGCCAGCAAAUGCCCAAAUCCCAAGUGUGCAGGAGUUUACUUUGACUCUUGUGUUCGUCAUAUCAAGUUUGUCGACUUCUGUGGCAAAUACCGCCUCCCACUAAUGCACUACCUGUGCUCUCCACAAUGCUUCUCGCCUUGUAGCUCAAAUUCACAGAGUGACUGCGACUCAGAAGAUGAAUUCAACAUUCCACAGCACCGGAUGCAGAAAGUGCUCCUUGGUUAAAUGUUUAUGAAAAUAAACAAAUCCACUGUAAAGACUGGAUCACUGUAGUCCUGGAACACUUGAACUUAUCUAAAGCAACAUACUAGGUUUUGUUGACCACAAUCGUCAUUAUUGCUAUUAUGAUAAUGUUCAAACCUUUACAUCAGCUUUGUGGUAUAAUGGAUUAUACAGUGUUCAUAAUCUUUAGUAUUAUCAUGAACUCUAAAAUAUUUGUACACAAGCACUAUAUUUUUAUGCCAGUAUCUGUGAAAUGUUCUGGUAUUCAUUAAUAUUGGUUGUGGAAGAGCUAUUUUGAAUAACCAUUCUUUUUAAAUGCGUUAAUGUGUAAUGCCUUUCAAACUGAAGAUUACAUGUUUAGUAAUCUAGUGUUUGCAUUUGGUGAGACAAGUUUUUUUUUUAAUAUAGCGGAUCCUGCCUCUGAAGUUAAAAUAUACUCAGCAGGAUUGACAGAUAGGAUGAAAUAGUGGGAGUCAAGUUUUCUGCUUUUAAUUGUUGCAUCAUGCUGACUGAGAAUUCCAGUUGAGAAACUGCCUGCUAUGGACUUCAGUAGCAAUUUAUAAUUGCAGAAAGGGACUUGACUAUUUUGAGUGACAGACCCCAUUUCAAUCUCAUUUUGUCAGUUAGUUUUUUGUUCAGAGCUGUGACACUGAACGUAACAAAUUAAAAUAAAAGGGUAGAAACCAAGUUAGAAAUGGAAUAACUGGGAAUCUGAUAAAGAAAGUAAGUAAUCAUCUGCAACAAAGAUUUGAAAGGAUAUCCUUACACAACCACAAACUGCUUAGAAGGUAUUAGACUGUGGUCAUUAUUCAGAUUUAAACUUCUGUUCAUAAGAUUUAUUAUUCAUAUUGGUAUUUGAAAGCAUUUGGGUAUUUUUGUAGUUUAGGUAGGUUACAAAUAGCAGGAAUGUUUUACAGUUUCAUUAAGUUACAUUGAUGUUUUUAACAAGUCUGCCAGCCUAAUAACUUUCCAUCACACCAAUAGAAUUGGAAGAACGUCCUUUUGCUGUGACUUAAGUAACUCUUUUUGUGUAACUUCUGGUAAAUUACUGAAGUUUGUUUGAAGUGUUCUGAGCUUUCUUCUUUAAAUUUUGCUUUCGUUUCAUCCAGUGCAGUUGAAAUGAGUUGGAGGGAGAUAGGCUGGUGUGGAAGAGGUGUAAGGGGCUUCUGCCCUUGUCUCUAUCUACACUAGUGUUUCAUUAUUAUUAUGCUAUCAUUUAAAUGUUGAUAAGAAAGAAUGGGAUAAAGUGACAGAAUUCCUCUGAGCUACAUGAUACAAAUGGGAUAAAAGCCAACUUCAUUUCAAUGGAAACUAUGUAAACCUAAUAGAUGGAAAUUUUGGAAUGAUGAAACCUUCAAUAAAAUGCUGAAGGUACAAGGCACCGAGAAUUUUAAGAGUUCAAAACUGUGUUUAUCAUAAAUUCAUUUAUUCUGUUUGGUUCAAAAUACAGAACAAUAAACAAAAUAAUUAACUAGA